GUUCGUCGGCUCUGCUCCGUGGACUUCUGCGGACGACUUCCGGCUUCAUAAUAUUUCUUUUCGUGACCUCCGAGCCAAGGUGUAAAGUAAACCUUUUACACUGCAGCUUAAUGUGGACCAACAUUAUCGACACUUUUCUGACUUUUUCUUCUUUCCCUUUUCACGGCUUUGCUCCGUAUUGUUGCUAUUUGCGGCACUGGUUUUGAACCUGUGCGUCAGUCAAAUGCGUCCGUGUGAAACACCUGCCGAGCUGCCGUUGACGACCGUUUCAUUUUUUAUUUUUCUAACGAUGCGUCAAAUGGCUUCUUCUUAUUAUUAUUAUUAUUUUUAAUUCCCGUCAGAAGUUCAACCAUUUCUAAUCAGCCAUCUUUCAUUACGCCUCUAUAUUUUAGUAAUUAAUUUCCCCAGGCUGUUGUUAGAAGCAAUUCAUUUAUUAAACGUAUGGAGGUUAUGUGUUUAACAUCUUAGAAAAACAGGAGAGCCUAUAUUUGUUUGCUGUUAAUUCUUUCCUUGUAUUUAACUCUUUUUUUUUUCUUUUUCUUUUUACUUCCUCUGUUGACUCACAUUCAGUCACCGGAUCAUGCAGUGAUGAGUAUGAGCUGAAGGCUCUGACUGCUCAUUCUGGAAUAUUCCAGUGGUUUGGUUUGUUGAUGUGCAGAUAAAGAGGUCAUUUGAAGACAUAAACACAACAUUUUACCAAGCAUCUCUUCCCCCUUUUUUUUAACCAUAUGUGUCCACUCUCACUUCCUUUUACGCCAUCACCAGGGCUACUUCCUUUCACAUAACACAGCAAAAUUUCGAAAGCCUAAAUUUAAUUCACAUGCUCAGUUUAGUGCAUUAACUGAACAACAGUUACUAUAUUAAAAACAGUUAAUAGUGCUACGGUUUCCGCGGCAGAGCUUUUUAAAAGUCUGAUCAUUUCCAUGAUAAUAUAAUCACAAUUACUGAAUCAGGAUUUGAGUUGGAGGAGAAGAUCCUCGCGUUCUAAAAGCCUGUCUUUCCAACCUCAGCACAUGGAGUUUGUAGACACUCACAUCAACCAAGCAGGAAGACGCUAAUGAAAGAGGCUAUCAGGUUUCGUAUUACUAAGUGCUGGAGCCAUUACUUUUCAAGCAUGACUCAGCCCAUGUGCUGAAGCUCCGGAUAUCCUGGACUCAGUGCAAUUCAUGAAAGGGAACAGGUGAUGACCACCAACGUCUGGCUCACACAGGAGUGGCAGGACUAUCGUCUGACGUGGGUGCCUGAGGAGUUUGAUGGGAUGCUGAAGGUCAGGCUGCCCUCCAAACACAUCUGGUUGCCUGACGUGGUCCUUUACAACAACGCCGAUGGAGUGUACGAGGUGUCCUUCUACUCCAACGCGGUGGUCUCCUACGACGGCAGCAUCUUCUGGUUGCCCCCAGCCAUCUACAAGUCGGCCUGUAAGAUCGAGGUCAAGCACUUCCCCUUCGACCAGCAGAACUGCACGCUGCGCUUCCGCUCCUGGACCUACGACCGCACGGAGAUCGAUCUGGUGCUGCGGGCCGACGUGGCCAGCAUGGACGACUUCACGCCGAGCGGAGAGUGGGACAUCAUCGCCCUGCCAGGCAGACGAAACGAGAACCCGGCGGACCCCGCCUACGUGGACAUAACGUACGACUUCAUCAUCCGCAGGAAGCCCCUUUUUUACACCAUCAACCUCAUCAUUCCCUGUGUUCUCAUCACCUCGCUGGCCAUUCUGGUCUUCUAUCUGCCCUCGGACUGUGGAGAGAAGAUGACGCUGUGCAUCUCAGUGCUGCUGGCCCUCACUGUCUUCCUGCUGCUGAUCUCUAAGAUCGUCCCGCCCACUUCGCUGGAUGUCCCCCUGGUGGGGAAGUACCUGAUGUUCACUAUGGUCCUGGUCACCUUCUCUAUCGUCACCAGUGUGUGCGUUCUCAACGUGCACCACCGCUCACCAACCACACACACCAUGCCACCCUGGGUCAAACUGAUCUUCCUCAACAAGCUCCCUGCCCUGCUCUUCAUGCGCCAGCCCAGGAACAGCAGCGAGCGGCAGCGGCUGCGUCAACGACGGAAAACCCAGGAGCCAAAAGAGGGCGGGCGUGGGGGGGAGGCGGGAGGCCUGAUGGCGAGUCUAGGGAUAAGCAGUGCCAGCGGAAAUGGAGGGGGGAGCUCCACGGGGGUCUUUGCCAAAGAGGACAACGACCCCUGUACCUGCUAUGUCAACCGAGCGUCUGUCAAACAGUUCGGAGGAGAGCUGGGCGGAGCCAAAGGCGGCUCCAUGGAUGGUUUGAACAGAGUAAAGGACGGCCGGGAUGGGGGCACUGGAAACCUCCAGAGGGGGCAGCAGAGCGCAGGGGGCCCCGCUUUGACUCAUGCCCUGUUGGCUCAGGCCUGUCCUGGCUUUGAGGAGGCGGUGGAAGGAGUUCGCUUCAUUGCCAAUCAUAUGAAGAGUGAGGACGACGACCAAAGUGUGAGUGAUAUUGAUUAUUUGAUCAGAUGUAACUUUGUUGUAGAAUAAAAAUGUAGGAAUUGUGGGAAAUCCGAUUGAUUGUUAAGUUUUUACCUGAUGAAUAAUGAUUUAAUUUUUAUUUAUUUAUUCACAUUUGUUAAUGUAAAACAUUUUCUAAAGUCAAAAGUCAAUGAAAAAGUUAAGAGACAAAGUGGAGAAACAGGCUGGUGACGCCGACUGCUUCUGUUUAUUUCUCUCCGGUUCCGUCUAUAAUGUUAGUCAUAUCAACCUGCCAUCGCGUCGCUUCUGUUUUUCUGAUCCUCUAAAUAGGAUGGUAUACACACAUACACACACGCACACACACACACGUCCCAGAUCACAGAUCUGUCUCCUCAUGUAUAAGUGAUGAUGGAGCUCGACAGCCGUAACGCUCACAGCAUCAGCAUCGGGGACAAACAGACUGAUGCAGUCAGAUCCUGCUAAAUAUUCCACACACACACACACAGAGGCAGUUAAAGAAGCAGCAUGACGUGAGCAACAAAAAAAAGGAGGAGGAUGAGGAGCAGGAGGAGGAGGAGGAGGAGGAGGAGGAGGAGGAGGAGGAGGAGCCAAGGAAACAGAGUGAAGGUGGCAUUUUUACUGCUUCUCCUCUGGGCAUGUUUAGAGAGCAGGCUUCCUGACAGACAGACAGUGACGGAGGAGUUACGGUCGUCCGACCCUCACACCCACUCCGCUUAAAUCACUCCUGUCCUAAACUCUGCAUUAAGCCGUCGUUGCCGUGGUCACUGCCUCCCUCUCCUCCCUCCCCCCUCCCUCAAUCUCCCUUCUCCCAUCCCUCUCAUCCGUCUCUCCCUCGUCCUUCUCCUCCUCCUUGACUCGUGCUGGACCUCAUCAGUGCUCUGUGGCAGAACCGGUCUCUGCUCACAUUAACCCCUCACCCCCAUUAACACCCCCUCGUAGAUAAAGGCGAAGCAAGAAGACAAUGGGAGGAUGUGGGCGAGUGUAGAUUCUGCUCACUGU